AAUCUGGGGAGUGACGCUUCAUUCCGAAGCUGACUGCUGGGUGACCGAUCAUUGGGAAAGCAGACAGACACAGAGGCGGGACCUAAGUCUGCAUUAUGAGAGACCUGGACUUCAGAGCCAUCGUCCUGAUCAUGGGUUUUUAUUUUCCUGGAACUGUGGCAAUCACCCCUGAACAAGGCGGGAUGUUGUUCCAUUCUGAGCGCCCACGGAAUGGAGAUCUGACAAAUAGUUGUCGGAAUGAUCCCGCUAGCUCGCUUCCCAGUGGCUUGAUCACCGACCAGCAGGUGGCGUCAUCACAGACAUCAGUUAUGGGGGAUGUGAGUCUCAACGUCUUUAGGCUUCUCUGCGAGCCUACUGUGAAACGAGGACCCUGGAGCAUCAGGCAACUGGACCUCAGCAACAAUCUCAUACCGAAAAUCGCCUUAAGCGCUCUGGCACACAUACAUGGUUUGGAAAUCUUAAAUCUCAGCAACAGUGCCAUCCGCGUCUUUUCCUUGGAUCUGCCGAGUCUGAAGUCCUCAUGGGGGAAGCAUCGGAGGAGCAGAAGGAUCCUUCCACUGCUGAAGGUGCUAAUUCUUCAAAGGAAUCAGCUCAGGGACACGCCCAAGGAUCUGUGGCAGCUGGGGUCAUUACAGAGUUUGGACCUGUCCUUCAAUAGGAUAUCACGAAUUGGUUUGACCGACUUUCAGAACUGCCUACACCUGGAGCGCCUCUACUUAAAGAGCAACAAGAUCGUCAGAAUUCACCCAGAAGCCUUCAGGAAUCUCAAAAAAUUGCAGGUUGUAGACCUCAGCGGCAAUGCCCUGACCAAGACCCUCCCCAUGAUGGCCAUCGCGCUAGAGCUUCCCCAUCUGGAGGUGGACUUGGCAGACAACCAAUGGCAGUGUGACUCUCGCGUGGCGGUCUUCCAAGACUUCAUCUCUCAGUCCUGGAGGAAAACGUGGAAUGAACUUUGCGAGUCUACAGGGAACGAGGCGGCGUCUUCGUGGAUUCCCAAGAGCAGAAUCUCAAGGGAAACGCCCCUUGCCCACACCAAGGGCAAUCACACGAAAAGACUCCCUGAAGGCCGAGCAAGGCAGCCCCAGGAAGGACCGUACUUGGGCUUCUCCACUCCUGGGAAGCAGCGGCACGUCAGCGCUGUUAUCAAUGAGCAGAGACGGAUGCCAAGAAGGGUGAGGAACACCCGCGACAUUCAAACCCUUGCAAGGGCAGAGGGCUCAAACGCUUCUUCCCAGGACCUCACCCUGGCCAUCUGCCUGUCGGUGUUCAUCACCUUCUUUCUAGCCUUCUGCCUGGGCGCCCUGGCCAGGCCUUACAUCGACAGACUAUGGCAACAGAGAGGCCGAGACAAAAGCCCAAAUCCAAAACAUACCUAUGCAAAUGAAGGCUUCUACGAUGAAAUCGAAGCUGCGGGGACCGGGCAGCCCCGUGCCACGUUUCCCAACCAAGUGUUUCAAAACGUAAACCUCUAUGAGAACCAGGACGCGUUCUCAGCCAUGCCAAGGCCACGCUCUGCCGUCUCUCACGCCCCAGAAAGGGGCAGCGUGGAGCCUGAGGGCCGCCCGAGGCCUACAAGGUGGGACAACAACUCAGAGGCAGGAGCCAGCGCAGCCCGGGUCACUCUGCACAGACCCCCAGGUGCUGACACUCACCAGCCAACCCCCGAAGGGCACAGCCAGGCCUAUGGGAACGAUACCCCCAGCGAGUUACAUUACGACACAGUGGCCCAGGACGAGUCUUUCAGUGAGCACUGGGCGAGCAUCGCUUCAAGAGCUCGAAGAUUACACGGUGUCUCUGGCUCGGUCUCGAAUGCUUCCAGUGAGUUAAACCCGCCACCCUCCAGAGAAAUGACCGCCUCCUUCACUGCAAUGUUACCACGCCCCGAGAUCCAGUGGACGGGAGAGAACGAGCGAAGAGCGGGAGAUGAACCUUCUGGACCUCCAGGCUCUCCGCUGGAAUUCCCGAAGGAAACACAAAGGAGGACCUAUGUGAAUGUCCAGCGUGUCCAGGAGGCAGAGCCUUCGGCCUACUCCAGCGUGGUCAUAUUUCCUGAUCAGGGACACACGGACCCCCUGGCCUUCCCUCCAAGACGGAGCAGUAGCCUGGAUGCCCCUCCUGCCGGCAAGCAGCCACUUCAGAACGAUGUGCCCUCGGAGACUCAGUGUGUGUUUGGGAGCGAGUCCGAUUCUGAGGAAGGGUCUCUGUUUACUCUAAGCUCAGUAAGCACAGAAGGGCGGAGCACUGCGAGCGAAGAGGAGGAGCACGGUGAGGAGAGCCAGCGGGCCAGCGGGUCACCGGCGAAUGAGAACUCGGGGCAAAGCAUGGACGCCACUGGCUCACAAGAGAACCUUGAAGACCAGAUCACCUUCCAGGACAUUCUGAGGAAGUUUGAGAAUCAGGGGGCUCGCCUUGAAAAGCCUCUGGUUUCUGAUCCCAGGCCUGCUUUGUGGAAGGCUCAUCAGGAAAGGGCCUCUUCCAUGAAUAAGUUGGAGGAUCCCUUAAGCCUUCCCGGGUCCCGGGGCAAUAGUCCUGUAAGCGUGGAGGUCCCGGGGACGUUUAUUUAUGACCAUGUCAUAGCUCCUCAGUCCGAGAGAGCAGAAUGGCACUGUUCACUGAGAGACCUGGACUUCUCCGACGUCGAUAUUUAUUCAGGUCCUGCCGAGCCUCCCUCACCUCCUGACUCGCAGGCCUGCCAGGAAAGAGACUCAGGCUUGUAUAAAUAAGAGCCAUGCGCUCGGGGAAUAGGCACGGUUCAGCACCACAAUCCUCUCGGAAUCAGUGCCUCGGAAAACGUAAGGCCCUCACCACAGGAUUCCAAAGACACCCCAUGGCACCCAACACACGUGGACACGAAGGAAAACGAGGAGUUCGUGUUUGCGCUUGAGGAGGAGGAUCCUAGGAAGGUUUUAAGUGGGGCACAAUUGGUACCGUCCUGUGGUGCUGAACCUGCUCUUUGAUGGGAAGAGACACGGGAGCACGUUCUCAAGACUGCUCCGAGUACGCGCCACCAUUGCUCCAACAGCUUCCCACUCCAACCACCUCCCGACAACCACGCGAGCCCUUCCCUGACGGAGAGCGGGCUGCCGAUGCUGAGAACAACCAGUUCCGGUUAGAAAAUGAUGCCUCUCACUUUUAUGCCCAAAGGCAGACCCAGCCCCGUCAGCAGGGAGCUGGCUGUCUCUGUGAGGAACCCGUCCACUAUGGCAAAGCGAAGGGUGUGCACCUUGAUAAACCAAGAUAAGGCAAGUGCUAGUUUGUAGGACGUGAUGAAAGAGCGAGGUGGGCCUGCUGACAAUUGUCGUGGACUCUGAAGAAAGGCCGCACAAGUUCUGGAGGCUGGUCACAAAAUUAGAAAAGGUUCAGAGCCAGCCUAAAUAUUUUACAUACACUUUGUUCAAAGGGGUACCCUUUCCUAAACUAAGUCUAGAUUAAAAAAUCAAUUUUUGAAAAAAAGAAGUGCUGUAGCCUGUGACUCCA